UUUAAAGGAUGGUGGAAACACAGGCGUGUGACGCUCCAAAGCGUGACAACCUCGAGACCGGAGUAGUUUAGGUUAUGUAUACAUACGUAUACGUACAUAUUUUAUGUUUAAAAUUCAUCGGCGAGUGAAGUAAAAAGUGAUCAAGGAUCGAAAUCAAUCAGUCAUAAUGGAUCCCGCGGUCGGCCGUUCUAAGGUUAACAGGUCGACCGCCACUUCCUAGUUACGCGUCAGCUGUUCGUCAGCUGAUCAGCGCAACGGGGACGUCAAGCCGGUGAUUACUUGCGUUUUAGGACGCGAUCACUUGCACCGUCACGCAGGGCACAAAGCCAAUGCAGAACAUCAUGAAGUCGUUUCGCGAGGUUCUCUCGAACGCGAACAACAUCCUGAUCUUAACUGGCAGCGGCAUUUCCGCGGAGUCCGGUGUGCCGACUUUCCGCGGCGCCGGCGGAUUUUGGCGCAAAUACCAGGCGCCGAAUCUCGCCACGCCGGAGGCCUUCGUCGCGAAUCCGUCGUUGGUCUGGGAAUUCUACGAGUACCGCAGGCAACUAGUGAGCAGAGUCAGACCGAACAAGGCACACACAGCCGUGGCGGAGUUUCAGAAGCGCAAGGCAGCGGAGGGUAAGAGAGUGUCGAUCGUGACGCAGAAUAUCGACGGGCUACAUCAGAAGGCCGGGGCGAAGGACGUGGUGGAACUGCACGGUUCGCUUUACAGGACGCGAUGCACAAAGUGCCACAAUAUCUCAGUCAACGAGAACAUUCCUAUCUGCCCGUCGUUGGAAGGGAAAGGAUCGCCUGACCCGGGCAUUAUGUCGUCUGAUAUACCGGUAGAAGAAUUGCCGCGUUGUGAGAUCGCGAGCUGCGGCGCGCUGCUGCGGCCUGAUAUCGUGUGGUUCGGCGAACAUCUGGCUGAGCAUGUACUGCAGGAUGCUUUUGAUCUCGUGGAGACGUGCGAUGCUUGCUUGGUGAUCGGAACCUCGGCGGUCGUAUAUCCGGCCGCAAUGUUCGCGCCGCAAGUGGCACAACGCAAUGUGCCGGUCGCAGAGUUCAACAUAGAGGAAACGCCGGCCACGAAGCAAGUUCAAUAUCAUUUUCAAGGCCCCUGCACUAUCACCGUGACAGAAGCCUUGGCACCUUGAAGAAUGGCAGAGCAUGUAAUAUUCGACAUAUUAUAAUAGCACGCUGAGCUCUUUUAUAAAUAUCGCUUACUUCGCAAUAACACACUUCCGUAUUCAGUC